AUGUCUGACGGCGGCCUGUUGAAGCCCGAGAAGGACUUCACAAAGGAGGCCGACAAGGUCAUCCCGGAGGCUGAGACCCUCGCAAAGACCGAUGUUCAGGGUGCCAUCGACAAGCUGUUGGUAUUGGAGAAGCAGACAAGACAGGCCUCCGACCUUGCCUCUACAUCGCGCCUCCUAAUCGCCAUCGUCACCAUCGCCAAGAACUCCGGCGACUGGAAUCUCCUCAAUGACCAAGUGCUCCUCCUCUCCAAGAAACAUGCCCAGCUCAAGCAGGCCACGACGAGGAUGGUGCAGGCGGUGAUGAAGUUCCUUGAUGACACUCCUAGCGUGGAUGUCAAGCUAUCCGUUAUUGAGACUUUGCGGACAGUCACCGAGGGCAAGAUCUUCGUUGAAGUCGAGCGUGCCCGCGUGACCCGGAUCCUUUCAAACAUCAAGAAAACACAAGGUGACCUUACCGCCGCGGCCGAUAUUCUGUGCGAGCUGCAAGUGGAGACCUUUGGAUCGAUGACACGAAGGGAAAAGACAGAGUUCAUCCUGGAGCAGGUUGGAUUGUGUAUCGAGCGUGGAGACUGGACGCAGGCUUCAAUCCUGAUCCGCAAGAUUAACAAGCGGUAUUUCAACCGCAAGCCUAAGAAGAGUGCUGAGGAAAUCGAGAAGCUCAAGAAGCAAGCGGAAGAGCGUGAGAAGACCCGUGGACCAGAUGAGCCGCCGAUGGAGGUGGACGACGAUGUGACCGACCUCAAGCUCCGUUUCUACGACCAGCAGAUCACCCUUGCCAACCACGACUACAAGUAUCUCGAUGUUUGCAAGAACUACCGGGAAGUACUUGAUACCGAGGCUGUCGCGAAGAACCCCGAGCACCUGCGUGCAUCCCUUGCUCGCAUCGUUUAUUAUAUCGUCCUUUCCCCAUACGACAAUGAGCAGUCAGACCUUCUGCACCGUAUCCAACAAGACUCGCGCCUGUCCCAGGUCCCCGAAGAGGCUCGUUUGAUCAAGCUUUUCACUAUUCCAGAGCUUAUGCGCUGGCCCAUGGUCGCCGAGCAGUUCGGUCCUCAUCUGUGCAGCACCGAUGUAUUUGACGCCGAGGCCAAGCAGUCCACUGAGAACCAGGCCAGCCGGAGAUGGGAGGAUCUGCGCAAGCGGGUCAUUGAGCACAACGUGCGUGUGGUUGCCAAGUACUACACCCGUAUCCAGAUGGGCCGGUUGACCCAGCUUCUCGAUCUGACCGAGGAGGAGACGGAGAAGUAUAUCAGCGAGCUGGUGUGCUCGAAGACCAUCUACGCUAAGAUUGACCGCCCUGCGCGACUUGUCAACUUUGCUAAGCCCCGAGAUGCGGAUGAUGUGCUAAACGAGUGGAGCAGUGACAUGAAGAGCUUGCUUGGUCUGUUGGAACGGGUCGACCACUUGAUCACCAAGGAGGAGAUGAUGGCUCGCAUCCAGCCCUCUCAAGAGAAGGCUAAGGCUCGCUGA